UGGAGAUUUAAAAGCCGCCGGCUGGCGCGCGCGGGGCCAAGAGGGGGUCGAGGUCGUCGGCUCCGGCCCCAGUGACAGCUGCUCGCCUCAGCCAGGUCUCCUGGCUGGCCAGCACAGCUUCUUUCUGGGGUGUCCCAGGGUCGCUUGUGGAGCUGCCAUGAGGGUGGAGCUGAUUUGGGGAGUGCAGUAUGCUGGAUUUUACUAGAGGGCCUGGGAGAGCUCGACUGGGAGAACCAGAUUCUGGGGUCCAGCGCUGUGUGGAGGAAUGGGGGUCCUUCCUACCUUGAAGUCUUGCAGCCUCUACCUGCGUUUGCUCCCCACCCUCGGUCCUGGCCUGGGGCAAGACAGCCACGGGUAGGGUGUGUAUUGGGGCGAUUGGCCUGGAGUCACCCCACCCCUUUCUGCCGCUGAGUCAUUACCCCUUUGGCUAGCCUACCCCGGCCCCAGUUUCCUCCUCUGCGGGGAGGGGCUGCCCAGCUGGGGAGGGCCGAGGAGCCGCUCCCCUGGAGCUGUGAGAAAGCAGCGCUGUCUUUGAUCUGAGUGCUAUAUCCCCCACCGAGGCACCCCAUGGCAACAGGCAUUUAGCAUGGGCUGAGAAGCUGGACUUGCACGGAAGGCUGGCAGAAAUGGCCUCCUGGCUGGGUCCUAGGCAGUUGGCGGCAGCAAAGAGAAGUGGCCUGAGCAUCUGGAGCAGGGCUGGGACGAAACAGCGCUGGAGUGAGUGACCAGGCCGGAGCCCUACCUGCCUGACCCACCAUGGUCCAGAGGCUGUGGGUGAGCCGCCUGCUGCGGCAUCGGAAGUCCCAGCUCCUACUGGUGAACCUGAUGACCUUCGGCUUGGAGGUGUGCCUGGCCGCAGGUAUCACCUACGUGCCACCCCUGCUGCUGGAGGUGGGGGUUGAAGAGAAGUUCAUGACCAUGGUGCUGGGCAUCGGUCCAGUGCUGGGCUUGGUCUCGGUCCCACUCCUAGGCUCAGCCAGUGACCACUGGCGUGGGCGCUAUGGUCGCCGGAGGCCCUUCAUCUGGACCCUGUCCCUGGGCGUCCUUCUGAGCCUCUUGCUCAUCCCGAGGGCUGGCUGGCUUGCCGGUCUGCUGUGCCCGGACGCCAGGCCCCUGGAGUUGGCACUGCUGAUCCUGGGCGUGGGGCUGCUGGACUUCUGUGGCCAGGUGUGCUUCACUCCACUGGAAGCCCUGCUCUCUGACCUCUUCCGGGACCCAGACCACUGUCGCCAGGCCUUCUCCGUGUAUGCCUUCAUGAUCAGCCUCGGGGGCUGCCUGGGCUACCUCCUGCCUGCCAUCAACUGGGAUGCCAGCGCCCUGGCCCCCUACCUGGGCACCCAGGAAGAGUGCCUCUUUGGCCUGCUCACUCUCAUCUUCCUCACUUGUGUGGCAGCCACGCUCUUUGUGACUGAAGAGGCCGCGCUGGGCCCAGCCGAGCCAGCAGAAGGGCUCUCGGCCGCCUCUGGGCCACCCCGCUGCUGCCCAGGCCGUGCUCGCCUGGCCUUCUGGAACCUGGCCGCCCUGUUUCCCCGGCUGCACCAGCUCUGCUGCCGCGUGCCACGCACCCUGCGCCGCCUCUUCGUGGCUGAGCUGUGCAGCUGGACGGCGUUCAUGACCUUCACACUGUUUUACACGGACUUUGUGGGCGAGGGGCUGUACCAGGGGCUGCCCAGGGCUGAACCAGGCACCGAGGCCCGGAGACGCUACGAUGAAGGGGUCCGGAUGGGCAGCCUGGGGCUGUUUCUGCAGUGUGCCAUCUCCCUGCUCUUCUCUCUGGUCAUGGACCGGCUCGUGCAGAGAUUCAGCACACGGGCAGUCUACCUGGCCAGUGUGGUGGCUUUCCCGGUGGCUGCUGGCGCCACGUGCCUGUCCCACAGCAUGGCUGUGGUGACCGCUUCAGCCGCCCUCACCGGGUUCACCUUCUCUGCCCUGCAGAUCCUGCCUUACACGCUAGCCUCCCUCUACCACCGAGAGAAGCAGGUGUUCCUGCCCAAAUACCGCGGAGACACUGGAGGUGGUGCCAGCGAGGACAGCCUGACGACGAGCUUCCCGUCGGGCCCCAAGGCUGGAUCCCCCUUCCCCAGCGGACAUGUGGGUGCUGGAGGCAGCGGCCUGCUCCCAUCUCCGCCCACGCUCUGUGGGGCCUCUGCCUGUGAUGUCUCCAUGCGUGUGGUGGUGGGUGAGCCGCCCGAGGCCAGGGUUGUUCCAGGCAGGGGCAUCUGCCUGGACCUUGCCAUCCUGGACAGUGCCUUCCUGCUGUCGCAGGUGGCCCCAUCCCUGUUUAUGGGCUCCAUUGUUCAGCUCAGCCAGUCUGUCACUGCCUAUAUGGUGUCAGCUGCAGGCCUGGGUCUGGUUGCCAUUUACUUUGCUACACGGGUAGUAUUUGACAAGAGCGACUUGGCCAGAUACUCAGUGUAGAGUACUUCCUACCCAAUGAGGGAGGGCCUGUCUUAUUGGGUCCCAGCUCCCCAUUUUCUAGGCUCCAGGUAGCCUCCUAGGGCUGCAGGGCUGGCCUCCCAGUGUUUAUUGCUGCCAAAGUGGUAUGACUCUCUGUUGCCACCCUGUGGCAGUAAGGUGCAUAGCUGCACAGAUCCAGCACUGGGGCUUCCCUCCCACCUCUGCCCAGUCUUAAGGGCUGGCUGACUGGUACCUCUCCGAAUGGUCUUCAGUCUGGACUUCUACAGGGAGAGAAGGGUGGGGCAUUUGGUUAGUGCCAUGCACUGGAAUGCAGGACUCUAGGGAGAUUAUCCAGGCUCAGGGUCAACAGCUAGUAUCCUGGUCAAGACAUACCCAGAGAAGGGGUUUGGGGAGCUGAGUAAACUCAAUCACCAGCUCUCCCAUCUCCAAGCCCCCUUAUCUUGUAGGAUUCCCCAUAUGUUGCUCUUGCAUGGGAGUUUCUAGUGUGGAACUCUCCUCCACAGCAUUUGAAAGUAUGAAAGUUACUUGGGGGGGCUGAGUCCUGAGGGAGAAGAUGCUGCCUGGCCCCACAGCACUGCCCGUUCAUUGAUUUCCCCAGCCCUACAUUUUAUCAGGACAUGGUUUAUUGGCCUCUGUGUCGCCAUCAUAGGGACAUGGGCCUUUAAAUAUUUAAGUUAUUUAUUUAAAUAGAGGGAAAUCGAUUCCCAGCUCUGCCAUGCUGGUGUCUAGGAGGUGACGACCCCAACAACUGGGUCCCCUGAGGUGGCUGGUUAUUGGGCUAAGCAUUGCCAGAAUCUCCUCCUAGAGUGACUGGUCUGGCCCCAAAACUGCCUAGCCCAGGAGCUUGGAAGCUCCGCUCACCCCAACUCCUCUUAUCCAAGGUCGGGGGAAGGUGGAGGGUGGGGAUCCAGGUCUUAGCAGCCUUCCUGGUCUCCCAUCCCCUCUUGGCCCAGCCUGCCCCCACCCCAGUCCCCUCUGCUCCCUCUAGGACUAGGCUGAUGAAGAAGCUGCCCACCCCCCACCUUUCCCCACUGGCUCCAUAGCCCUCUCUUAGGGGCUGUUCUGGAACCGGAAGCACCCAGUGUAGCUCCUCGAACCUUUAUCUGUCUCAGCCCCCAGGGCAUAUCUGUGCUUGGCAACUCUGGCACAAAAUCUCAGGAGCACCCCUUGCCUGGGCUAAGGAGGUCUUAUCUCUGCAGGGGGUUUAAGUGCCAUUUGCAAUAAUGUCAUGUCUUAUUUAUUUAGGGGAGUAAAUAUUUUAUACUGUAUGUGAUCAAUCAGAGUAUAAUGUUUAUGGUGAUGAAAUUAAAGUCUUAUAUGUUUAA